AUGCGGGUGUUAUGCGGGUGUUAUGCGGGUGGUAUGCGGGUCGUAUGCGGGUGGUAUGCGCCUGCUAUGCGGGUGGUAUGCGGGUGGUAUGCUGGUCGUAUGCGGGUGGUAUGCGGGUUGUAUGCGGGUGGUAUGCGCCUGCUAUGCUGGUCGUAUGCGGCUGCUAUGCUGGUGGUAUGCGGCUGCUAUGCGGCGACCUCCGGCGGUCGUCGCCUGGGGUCGUCGACAGCGGUCGUCGGGCUGCUAUGCUGGUGGUAUGCGCCUGACAAAAUGAGCGGCGGCGUUGCAGUUUGCCCUGGGGACUUUCAUUUUGCUAUUUCGAGGAAGCUUGAAGGGGCGGCGUUGCAGUUUGCCUUAAGGACUUCAUUUUGCUAUUUCGAGGAAGCUUGA